GUAUCCAACAGCACGAAAUCUUGUUUGUAGAGUUUCUCUGAAAAUGAAACUGCCCUGAGUUUUAGCUAACCUCCAUGUUAAACAGUUCUGCCGUGAAGCUUACACACCCUCAUGUAAUGGCGUUGGCCUCGAAAGUGAAACUGUAAAACACUGUUUCUCUAUAUAUGAAACUGGAGAUAUUGUGAGAUGCAAAGAAAUGAAACUAACGCAAACAAUGAUUAAAAAAAACACACACAUCCAGUUUACUCAGAGCCUCCGGGGAGGGGACUUUGGAAGAAUAUAAAAGCACACAGUGGUGUCUCAUAUCGCCACUAUUUCUUUUACAGGUAACACAUCACAGAACAGCAAAAUGGCAGCAGCAGCGUGGAUCAGAAGUGGAGGAGUGGCUGGUGUCACAAACCCCAAAGGCCUAUUUUUCAUUUUCACUCUGCUGAGUCUCAUCUGGAUUGCACAUUCCCUGAUUGAUAAUGAGCAGCUGACUAAAGUCAAGGAAAAUCAUGAGAAGGUGAAGCAACAAUUGGAAAAACUAAAGGCUGUCCAAAUGCCGGAAAUGUUCGCAAAUUCGGACCUUUUGGGUGUAUAUAUUGACCUCAUUGACACGUAUAUGGCAAUGACGAAGAAUGAAUUUCCUGAUGACUAUCACCCAGUGAAUACUUUUCUAAAGAAGACAAAGGCCCUGUUGGAGAAAACCAAGGUUUACGUUGACUCGAAAACCGAGGAGUUUGGCAGAGAAAUAGAUCCUAUGGAAGAGGUCGAGAACAAAAACGACAAUUUCCACGAUGAGCUGCAUUCAGAAUUGUGAUCUGCCUAAAAUUGCCUUUGUGUACUAAAAUCUGCAAAUGAGCUAAUCAUCUGAAUUAGAAAAGUAGACAUUAUUUUGAUUGAUAGAUCUUUUCCCUUUCAUGUAUUUUUACAUGCAUAAUCACUAUAGAAGUAAUCUGGUUCAAGUUAACUCUGGUAGACUAACUAAAGAUAAAGAAUAAGGAUUAGUUGACAAUAUUUAUUAUUAGUUAUUUUUGUAAUCCCAUAACCUGUAAUCUACAGUCAAUAAUCUGAAAGUAUAACUGAAACACCAGAGUUGAUAGUCAUCGGCCUUGUUGGUUUUGCAUUCACUGAAAAUAUGUGAAUAAAUCAUAAAGUAAAUACUUGUAGUCAGGUGUUUUGUUAUACAU